AUGGGCGAGAAAGUCGACUCGAGUCGAUCGAGUCCGGUGGAAGGCUGUCUGGUGGACGGGGAGAGCAAAAACCUCAGCGUGCUCAACUGGGAACAAGUGCAGCGCCUGGAUGUCAUCCUGGCUGGGUCCAUCCCCAUCCACGGCCGCUGGAACUUCCCCACCCUGGAGAUAAAACCGCGGGACAUCGUCAAAGUGGUCCGGUGUCGCAUGGAGGAGAAACGGAUACAUGUCCGGGAGGUCCGCCUGAACGGUUCCGCGGCCAGCCAUGUUCUCCAUGAGGACAGCGGGUUGGGAUGGAAGGAUCUGGACUUGAUAUUCUGUGCUGACCUGAAAGGCGAGAUGGAGUUCCAGACGGUGAAGGAUAUAGUUCUGGACGCUCUGCUAGACUUCUUACCCGAGGGAGUGAACAAGGAGAAGAUAACGCCAGUGACCUUAAAGGUAAUAUAACUUUUAUUUUCACUUGACAUGAUCAUUUGACAUUCAUAAUGCAGGUUUAUGUAGUUUAUUACGCACCAAUUUAGGUGCGCAAAUGUUUCUAUAUUCAUUGCAAGCGUCGUAUCAAGACUUGGAUUCUAAUGCAACCAGUGAAAGUUAUGCUCAAGUAUGAGAAUGCAUUACGAUUACACAUUACUUUCAUAUCUUCAUUCCCUCUCAAUGUGCUUACUGCAACACAUUAUGCACCCUACAACAGCCUAUAAAUUACAGUUAUGCAAAUCCACACAGUAUCAACAUGACUUAUUUGCAGUAUGGUGCAUUCUGCCCUGCAUUCUAAGCUGCAUGGUGAUAGAGCUGCAGAUAGUACAAACGGUGGUUUCCACUACAAAGAGGAUUCACACUAAUCCAAUCGGAAGGGGAUCCGCAUUAAUGGUCGCUUCUCAGUUACCUAGAUACGUAUUUACCCAUUACCCAGCGCUGUGAGGAUUACCCUCCCUUCAAUGCAAAACAUAUAGAUUAAUUGAAUAUUGAACAGAAAGUGAAAAUGACACCAAUAAAUCAUCUAUCACGUUCAAAUGAACCCCUGACUUACGUUAUUUCUUAAUAUACUCCCCCUGUUAUUUUAUUUAUUUAACUUGGCAAGUCAGUUAAGAGCAAAUUCUUAUUUACAAUGGCCUACCCCGGCCAAACGUGUGCCGUCCUACGGAACUCCCAAUCACUACCGGAUUGUGAUACAGCCUGGAAUCUAACCAGGGUCUGAAGUGUCGCCUUUAGCACUGAGAUGCAGUGCCUUAGACCGCUGAGCCACUCGGAAGCCCAUUGCCAAACUUAGAUACAGAGGAUAAUACAUGUAUUGAGAAUAAAUGCAGAAAUGGACCACAAUACAUAAUAAACACUUUAAUCUAUUAACAUGUUUGGUUAAAUUAUGAUAUAUAUGCUGAUAAUGCUAUACAAUUAAACAUUUAAUUUAUGUAUUUAAUGUACAGGUGUAGGAUCUUAAUUUGAUCACCCUGUUGCAGGAGAACUUUCCUGCAAUGUGGGACAUUUUAAAUGUGUAGUGGAAUUGAGGUUUAAAAAGGCUUCUGAAGUUUGAAAUUUCCACUUUGAAAUGACUUGGUUUUCCCUUACAAAAAAUGUAUCAACCCCUACAAUAAUGUCCAUUAAUUAUAAUCCACAUAAUAAUUCAAAUGUCCUGUUGCUGCAGGAUUAUUUUCCUUCUGUAGCAAACUGGCUCAAAUUAAAAUCCUACAUCUGUAUCUAAUCAUUCAUUUAUUAAUGACCUAUUACCAUAGACAAAAACAUGUAGAUAAGACAUGUUUUCUUAUGUCUGUGUUGUGUUUUCAGGAGGCCUAUGUGCAGAAGAUGGUGAAAGUAUGUAAUGACUCAGACCGCUGGAGCCUCAUCUCCCUCUCCAACAACAAAGGCAAGAAUGUGGAGCUCAAGUUUGUGGACUCUCUGCGUCGCCAGUUUGAGUUCAGUGUAGACUCCUUCCAGAUUCGCCUGGACUCCCUCCUCCUCUUCUACGAGUGCUCCGAGCACCCCAUGGCUGACACCUUCCACCCCACCAUCCUGGGAGAAAGCGUCUACGGCGAUUUCCCCGCCGCCCUCGACCAUCUACGCAAACGCCUCAUCUGCACGAGGAACCCUGAGGAGAUUCGUGGUGGUGGUCUUCUGAAAUACUGCCAUCUGCUGGUUCGGGGUUUCUGCGCCGCUUCUGGAACCGAAAUGAAACAUCUGCAACGCUACAUGUGCUCCAGGUUCUUCAUAGACUUCCCAGAGGUGGGUGAGCAGAGGAGGAAGCUGGAAUCCUACCUCCAGAACCACUUUGUGGGUCUCGAAGAUAGGAAAUACGACUAUCUAGCCACUCUGCAUGGGGUAGUGCAGGAGAGCACGGUGUGCCUGAUGGGCCACGAGAGGAGACAGACACUGGGCCUCAUCUCCUCCCUGGCCCUUCGGGUUCUUGCCGAGCAGAACGUCAUCCCCAACACGGCCAACGUCACCUGCUACUACCAGCCUGCCCCUUAUGUGGCCGACAGCAACUUCAGCAACUACUAUGUGGCCCAGGUGCAGACUGUUUACCCUCACUACCCCCCUCCGCAGUACCCCCCUCAACAGUACCACCAUCAACAGUACCCCCCUCAGCAAUACCCCCCUCAGCAAUACCCCCCUCCACACCAACCGCCUCCCAACCACCCCAUGUACACUGCAUGGAUGCCCUGCAACUGA